ACAGAAAAUCUAAUCAUUUCCGCGAGUGAGUGUAUUGAGAAGAUAAUAUGUUGACAAAUAAUUCUAAGUGGAUUUAAGGAUUUUAGAGAAAUUUGGGGUCGGCGAAGAUAGGAGGAAGAGAAAACUCAGGGAAAUACGAACAAACAUGAAGGAAUUGAUGAUCUCCUGUAUUCUAUAUGUAUUUUUCAUCGCUAUUUGUACAGAUGCCGCCCGCCUAGAUGAUUACAUUCGUCAUUAUGAAGAAUUAAGUUACAGUCCCAAUACUCUUCACCAGCGCCACCUACGGGCCAAACGGUCCCUCACUGACCCGUCGCUGGUGUUACAGUUUAAAGCCUUUGGCAAAAAUUUUGAUCUUCAAUUAGAGAGGGCGAAGAAUGUAUUUAGUCAAGAUUUUAAACUUCAGCACAGGAAUGGCAGCAAAAUGGCUGUGGACACCUCUUUUAUAUACGAGGGCAGAGUCACAGGAAUGCCAGGGAGUUUUGUCCACGGAGCUAUCGUGGAGGGAGUCUUCCGAGGAUUUGUCGUUGUCCCCGGAGACACAACGUACCAUAUAGAGCAUUCUCGGAGAUUCUUCUCAGAUGAACAACCAUUCCAUUCUGUCAUAUACAGCGAAAAACAUAUGGAUAUGGAUCCUUAUAAACACAAGAGACCAGAGGGGGCGGGUACAUGUGGCCUUGAUAUGUACCAAGACGAAAUGGAAGAAAUAGCUACGAAACCACUGGAGAAACAUGAACUUAACUUAAAGGCCACAUUACUUAAACAAGAAAUGGAACACUACCGCAAAAUGUACACGAAAGAAGAGAACACAGUUCACCCUGAAACAUCCCACAGACGACAUCGACGUAACACACUAGGACCACAGAACACGUGUUAUAUGUAUCUACGAUCGGAUCCCGUGUUAUGGGAUCUCUACAAAAACAAGGGUGUGAGUGAUAUCGUCGCCCGAGAUGAAAUCCUCGCUCUGUUUGCUGCGCAUGUUGCUGCUAUCAACAAAAUUUAUUCUGAAACAAAAUUUUCAACGUAUGAAAGAGAUCCUAGUAGAGGAGGGUUCAGCUACGAAGGCGUCCAUUUCCAGGUUCAGAGAACGUCGAUUAUGACGAAGGAGUCGGAGAAUUGUGACAGUAUUUUAGGUGCUACAUCAUACUGUAACCCAAACAUCGAUGUCAGUAACUUUCUUAACCUCAACUCUUUGGAGAAUCAUGAUGAAUUUUGUCUGGCGUACGUUUUCACGGCACGCGACUUCACCCACGGUACCCUCGGUCUGGCGUGGGUCGGAUCCUACAAAAAUGCUGCAGGCGGCAUCUGUGAGAAGCACAAAGAUUUCCCUGAGGGGACCACAAAGGUGUCCAAGUCUCUCAACACGGGUAUCAUUACUCUAAUUAAUUACGGGAAAUUAGUGGCGCCACGCGUCUCACAUCUCACGUUCGCCCACGAGGUCGGCCAUAACUUCGGCUCUCCGCACGAUAGCGGUGACAAUUGCGCACCGUAUGGGACCACGUCACUUGAUGCCGUCAGUGGAAACUUCAUUAUGUACGCCAGCGCUACACAGGGUGACCUUUCCAACAACAACAAAUUCUCCGACUGCAGUAAAGACAACAUCUCUCGAGUCCUCAACUCCAUCACAAACGAGACCAACAAAAAGAAUUGUUUCAAGCAGUCUGGAGUGGCAUUCUGCGGUAAUGGUCUAGUAGAAGGAGAUGAGGAAUGUGACUGUGGAUAUUUGGAUGAUUGCCAAGACAAAUGUUGUCAUGCCAAAAAAUCUGGAGAAACAACAGCCAACGAUUGUAAAUUACGCAGAGACACUUCCGGUGUUAAACAUGCCUGCAGUCCAACACAAGGUCCAUGUUGUACUUCAAACUGUGGCUUUGUCCAGCAGUCUGCCAACCAGACCUGUCGUGUGGGAACCGAGUGUGUCAAGCGUGCCAUUUGCUCUGGUGCGUCCGCUAACUGUCCAGCAGCUGAUAACUACCCAGACAUCACCACGUUUUGUAAUAGCCAAUCGCGUGUUUGUAAAGAGGGGGUUUGUUCUGAAUCUCUGUGUAAACAUAUCGGCUAUGAAUCACGGGGAAUAUCUGAGUACGAAGAAUGCUUCGGCACGACUGGCAGUGACAACAAAGAACAGAUGUGUUACCUCUCCUGUCAGAAGAGGAACACCACUGACUGUAUCAGCUCCGCCCAGAUUACGGCAGAUUCUCCACAGGAGGAUUUUAAAGUUUUACUCAACGCUAUUAACGGCAAAUUAGAUAAAAUCAAAUUACAAGCAGGUUCUCCCUGCGAUAAUUACCGAGGUUACUGUGAUGUCUUCCAUAAAUGUCGGGGAAUAGAUAACGAUGGUCCUCUGGCUCGACUUAAAAAUCUCAUCUUUAACGAGAAAACGUUGCAGAAGAUAAAAACCUGGAUUGUGGAAUACUGGUGGGCCGUUAUGAUGAUGGCUCUCUGUCUUGUGGUCCUGAUGGGAUUGUUUAUAAAAAUCUGUGCUGUACAUACGCCUAGUAGUAAUCCAAAGGCCAAGCCUGCCCUACGCAUCACCGACACACUCCGACGUCGACGUCGCCCUCCUCCACAACAGACGUACGCACCAAGCUCGCAACCUUUACAAUCAUACCAGCAGUCGUCAGCGCCUGCUGGAUAUACAAAUAAUGCCAUGAAAACCGACCAAAUUUAGACAUUGCACCACCCCAGGGACCCCCUCCCCCAUAUUCAGCAACAGGGGGCGGCCCCAAGAGGGGACAUCGUCCUGAAGAAAAGAAGAACAAAAAAGCCAAGGCCAAUGAGAGGAAAGUGUGACCCUAAUCUUUAAUAAUAACCAUUCUGUGAAGAUUUUUGAUUGGCUGAUGAAGAAACUUGUAAUAGUAGUUCUCAUUGGCUGAAGAAGAGAAGAUGUAAAGCUAGAUGACUGAGGAUAUGUGACAUUUAUUUUGUGAUUUGUUAAUGGAGAUUGAUCAAGAAACUAUAAUUUAUCUUUUUCAUUGACUGAAGUGGAAAUGUGUAACAUAAGUUUCGAGUGAAUGAGAACAGUCAUGAGACAGUGAUUUUGAAUGGUUGAUGAGGAAGUAUGUAACACGUUUUUUCAUUGGUUGAGGAAGAAGCGUAUUCUUUGUUUAGCAUGUAACUUAUAAUUUGAUUGACUGAUAUAGAGUUGAAACCAAUUGAGAUAUUUUGUGAUAUUAUUGUUUUGGGAAUUUUGUAAAGAGUUGAAACUCCGAAAUCUUGAUUUCUGCUCUAUCAAAAUUAAGAUAUUCUGUAUUCACUGUUGAGAUUCUUCUUAGAUCCGGUAAAAUUCUGUAAUACUGACAUUUAUGUUCUGUUGAUGAACGAUUCAACAAAUUGUGAAAGCUUAACACCCGAGAUCCUUCUCUCCUCAGUUGGUAAAAGGUAAAUCAGUGCUCCAAAAAAUUACAACUUUCUUUUGUAAUGUACAAAAUAUCUCAAUAGUGGUAAUAUUUUAUUUUGAAGAAAAAAAAUGUGUAUAAGAUGAACAUGUGACAUCAUGUGAUUGUUUUAGUCAAUACCUAAUGCUCUAUGUUACUUUUCUGUGGCAAUUUACAUCUACGAUAGAUUCUAACAUUUUAAGGGAGAUAAGUGAUGUUUAUGUACAAUUCAGAUGGAAGCAUACACCCUUAGAAUAUUUGUCAUACCUUGUAUUCAGCUAAAACCUUGUAUUCAGCUAAAAGUGGGUCAACCACAAUUAAAAGUAAUUAUGUGUAGGACUUUUCAAGGUAAAUUUGAAGUUAUUUUUGCUUACUUUUAUCAUAAGUGAGAGAAAGUGAUACAUUGAAUUCGUGAUACAUUGAAUUCUUUGAGAGAAACACAUGAGAGAGAGAUAGAUGGAUUCAUUGAAUUCUUUGAGACAAACUCAUGAGAGAGAGAGAGAGAUUCAUCAAUUUCUUUGAAACACGAGAGAGAAAAGAGAGUGAGAGACAGACAGACAGACAGAGAGGUACAUGGUACAGUGAUGUUACCCCCCAUACUGUAUACAUUUUUAAUAUGACAGUAAAGCAUAUAUUGUUUAUAACAAUCCCUUUUCGUUAUUUAUCAGUAACAGUUUCGUAACAUUUAUAUUUUUAGUGAAAUUUAAGUUCUGAAAUUAAGUGCAAGACUCCCACUUACUAGAGCAAUAUCUCAAGGCCUCACGGCAUUGUCUGGAGUGAACUGUUGUCUAAACUGAACCAUUGUGAAAAUGUGGAUGGAAGGAUUUGCUAUAAUAAUCAUCAUUCAAAUCGGUAAAUUAAUUUUAAAAAAAGUUGAAUUUUGGUAUUUAGUGGAAUGUCAUAAGAAUUAUAUCGUUAAAAGAGUAUAUAGUUAUCCAUUUAAUGAUUAUAAAAUUAAGCGAUUUUUAAAGUUUUACAAAAAUGUUAUCAUUGUUUCUCCUGUUUUUUGUUUUAUUCUGAAAUGAGAUUUUGAACAUGGUCUAUCAAAUGUUGCAAUGAGCAUUAUCACAUUUUCCUCUCUAAUCUUGUUUCUUUUACAUUUAUUUUCCAUGUUAAAACAUUAUUAUAGUCUGUUUAUAUUUUCAUUUAAGUUUUGUCUAGUCAGAAUUAUCUUAAUUGAAAUCAAAAAAGUUUUAGUUAUCAACUUCAGGGUAAAGACAGUUUAAUUUUAAAUAAUUUUAAAUUUAAAAAGAAAAGUUUUCAAUGGUCCUGAAUUUUCUAGCAUUGUUUUGAAAAAAAAUAAAUACGAUUGAGACCAUUUUGAGAAUAUGGAGCUGGUGCAAAUUAAUGUUGGAUAAUACAUUCUCUAGUAUGAAAUAUAUAUCAUUAGUUAUCUUGUUGAACAUAGUCAUUCAUAAUAUUGCAACCUCAAUAUAAUUAUGAAAAUGGAAACAAUUUGUGUUUAGAUCUGAUAGGAGAGUCAUCAAUGUGAUCUGAUAGGGGACACAAUCUAGAUAUGAAAGGGGAGGUAAUCCACAUAUGAAAGGGGAUGUAAUCCACAUAUGAAAGGGGAGGUAAUCUCAAUCUGAAAACGGUUUUAAGGAGGAAUUAUUGUAAAUCAGAAAGGGGAGGUAUUCUAGCUAUGACUGUUGGGAUAAUCUAGCUAUUAAAGGUUAGAUACUAAAGCUUUGAAAAGGGAGAUAAUCUAGCUAUGAGAAGGGAGAUAAUCUAGCUAUGAGAAGGGAGAUAACCUAGCUACGAGAAGGGAGAUAAUCUACCUAUGAGAAUGGAGAUAAUCUAGCUACGAGAAGGGAGAUAAUCUAGCUACGAGAAUGGAGAUUAUCUAGCUACGAGAAGGGAGAUAACCUAGCUACGAGAGGGGAGAUAACCUAGCCAUGAAGGUGGUGGUUAUUUAUAUAAGUAGAGUUUAUGUUUAUUUUCAUGAGAGUUAAUUUGUAUUUUAGAUAUAUAAAAGUGGAGUAUGUUUUUCUGUGAAAGUAAAAAAAAUUAUAUGAAAGAGUAUAUGUUAUAAAAUAAUUUGAAGAAAUUACCUUGAUUAGAAAAAUAUUAUUAUCACGAUGUAGUUCUGUCUGUUUGUUGUGACAAGAGCAGCUAUAUGUACAAGGGAGAGAGAAUUACAAUUUAUUGUUAUACUUCAUCAACCAAUUGGCUGAUUUAGGAAUAUAUGGUCAAAUUUGUAUAAUUUUCCUGCUGGCAGAGAAGAGAUAAUUUUACCAUUUUAUUUUUCAAUUGCUAUUUAAAAACCCAGGACAUUUAUGAAUAUAAUUACCUUGUACAGAAGUGUUUUGAAAAACUGCAGUAUUUGAAAUAAAUUUUAAGAUGAUUAUGUUGAUAUUGGACUGGGGCACAUGCUUUAUGUUGUUAGUGAAUUUUAAUAGCACAAAUUUUGAUGUAAUUUACACAGGAAGGAAUAAUACAUCAUUUGAUUUUGAAUGUGCCUGAUUUUGAAAUGUGAUAAUUCCUUUUAAUAUCACGUGUAGGAGGAAAUGUGAUACAAAGAGAAAUGUGACAUUAAGAGGGGUCCUGUUUUCUGUAUGGAAACCCUUAAUGAUAAAGUAUGCGUACACCAUUUUAAGAUAUUAGAAGUUAUCCUUUAGCUACACUUUUAUCAGUGUGAGGACAGUUGUUAGAAACACCUGUAAUAACAGAAACCGUCAUAACCCCUAGAGCUUUUACAGUCACCUGCAGGAGGAAAUGUAAUAAAAAAGAGAAAUGACCUCAGAUUGUUUUAGGUUACCAUUGUCAUAGAUUGGCGUCGUAGGCAUUGUGAUUAUCGUUUUAGAAAUAAGAUUCUGAAAUUACAGGUGUCUCCUUGACACCCAUCCUCAGAUGACCCUGGCUGUUGGUGUCUCUUUGACACCCGUUUUCAAAUGACAGUGGUUGUUGGAAGGAUGUUUAACCCCUUAAUAAACAAAAAAAACAACAACUAAAGUUUAAAAAAUUAAAUCCAUCUUGAGGGACACAGAUAUGAUUGUUAAGGGGAAGCUGGACCUACGUUUGAUGUGGUGGUGAGGGGAGUAAAGGAUAAUUAGUCAAUUUUGGUUGUAGCGGAUCGUGAGUUUAUGUGGCCGUGAAUGAUGAAGUAUUAUAUCGAAGGUUUUAAUUGUUUUUAUACCUUGGUUCAUCGUUAUUGACAGUCAUACUGUACAUACUCAUGUAGCUUAGCUAUUAUUUAUGGAAGGUCUGAUUAUUUACCUGGAUAAAACAACCUCUUUUGCUAUUACCUGGAAUAUGUUCAUUUGAGGCAAAUCAUUUUAUAUUUUCCAUACAUUGCAUUUGCUUGAGAAAUAUUUUGACCUUUAUGUUUCACGUAAUCUUGGUGUACAUUUUUUCCUGAUUGUAUUGACCAUAUAUUUCUAACAGUCCCUGUCCUAGCUUUGUAGAAUCUUACUGUGAGAAUUCUGAGUGUGAUAAGAAUCACGUGACACAAGUCUUUUGAGAGAGCUUAAAAUGUAUGUACUUUAUAAAUUAAGUGGAUGUUUUAUUGCGAAAAUUUACAUACUUCAUGUGAAAAAUCAUCAGUUUGUAAAUGUAUUUUUAUAGAUUUAUCAUUAUACUUGUAUAUUUCAGAUUUUUUAAUCAUCUGUGACAUAAAGAUGAGUAAUGCUGCUUACUAAAUUAAUUCAAAUAUUUGCAUAUUUAUUAUUGAAUUAAUUCAAAUAUUUGCAUAUUCAUUUGUGAAUUCAAAUAUUUGCAUAUUCAUGAAUUGAAUUAAUUCAUAUUUGCAUGCAUAUAUUCAUGAGUAAAUUAAUUUCAAUAUUUGGAUAUUCAUGUGUUCAUGUACAUAACCCCCAUUUUCAAAUUUUAGUCAUUACGAUAUAAAUUUGUGUUUAUAUAGAAUGUUGACGGAGAUAAUUUAUGAAGGCUUACAAGGGAGAUAACUUAAGUGUGUAUAUGCUUUAUGUUACUAUGGUACUGUUUAACAGGGUUGCUUAGUUACAGAUCUCUGUUUAUUUCAUUAUUUCGGGAUAUUUUAUGCAAACAACGUUUUAAUGCACACCUAUAUUUUUCAGCAUACUUCUUUCAUUUACAGCAACUUUUUUGUUCAUUGAUAAAUGUGUGUAUUUGAAUAUGUUUUUUUGAGAAAUAGCUUUUCCUAAUUUUGCACAUCCUUGUUACCAUGAAAAACAUGUUGGCGUUAAAUUUGAAAUGUAACAUGUAGUAAAUUCAAGUGUAUUUUUUCUGACAUGUUGAUUUUCAAAAGAUCCAAAAAUAAUGAUAUCGAUUAAUUUUUAUAUCAUUGUUUUCUUGACACAAAAACAAGUGGCCAUCUUUACACUGUGCCAUAAGGGAGAUAAAUGUUUACAUUCUUUAUGGGAUGGAUUUGGUGACUUUUCUCUCAACACAUCAAAUACACACUACUUAACAAACUCUCCAUACACCAAAUACACACUCUUUAACACACUCUCAAUACCCCAAAUACACACUUGAAAUCACAUUCCACAAACCAGUCAAUUUGUUUUUAAUCCAAAUCUCCUACUAAAACAAUGACUAAUUAACUUGUUGUAUGGUCCUCGCACAACAUUAAUCCGACGCAUUCAUCCAACUGAAUACAAUUUCUCUCCGAUAAAAUGCUAGUUUGAACUGAUCCCGACCCCCACCCUUCACUAUUACUAAACCGUGACUAAUGAUACAUUCACCCAGAAGAUCCUAAACACUAUAAGGAUACUUACUACCAAAUGUCUCAAUAACUAAAACCAGCAUUAACGUCCGACACAGGUAACAGUAACUACCUCUGUAUAAUGUCUGUACAAAAUCACCAGUUUAAUCUCCUCAAAGUGGGAUUCAUUGAAUCUUGUAGGUAGACAAUGAAAGCAAAUAAUCAUGAAAUUAUUAUCCUGUUGGAAAACUAUAUAAUUGGAGGUUAUAGAAAAUAGAUGAUUCUACAGACAGCAUUGGGGCUAUAGAGCGGGAGCUUUUGGAAUUGAUUUUUCCCAAUUAUUGGCAGAGAUUCGGUGAAAAUGACACUUACAAAAAAUUAUUGUUUCGUAUUCAUGCGCCAAUUUUGGGACCUCUUGGAUAUUGUCUAAAACAUUCUAUGUGGUAAAAUAUAAAGAUGGAAAUUUCUUUCCAGUUUUUUCAACUCAAAAAGUAACUGCGCAAAUUACAUGGGUUUUUAACUCAUCACAUGGUUUGCUAUUCAAAUUCGUCCAUGGCCCAUAUUUCGACAGGCGCCCAUUUUGAAUUUUGAAAGUUUAUUACUGCUAUUUCUCGGAAAUACUGAAUGGAUCUUUCUCGAAUUUUAUUCAUAUAGGUCCCUAGUUGUGAACUCACCACUUCUGUGGAAUGAAUCCCUGACUAUUUCAAAUGCCAUAAGUUGUAGCUUCUUCUUUGUCACUAGUUAUACAUGUUCAAUAGUGAGACUGAAAAAAACAAACUGAAGCACAGUAUAUUUUUUAUAUAUAUGUUAAGAGGUAAGUAUGAAGAAAAGAGGACAGAAUUUCGAGAAAGGUCAAUCUCACAAAGAACUUUUAUAACAUUGUAAUCAGACAUGUAGUUUAGAAAAAAAAAUCAAUCUCACCCAAAAAAAACCCCAAAAGAGAACAUUUAAUGGUGGACCCCACGACCCUUCCUGUAUCUCCUAUAACAUUAUUGUAAGCAGACAUGUAACUUUAGAAGAGAAAGAUCAAUCUCGCAAAGAACCAAUAGAGAACUUUUAAUGGUGGGCGCCAAUAUCACUCGUGUACCUCCAAUUACGGUACGUUGAUCAGCUAUGUUAAUUUGGCUGUUUUCGUGAUUGUGCUCAAAGCAACAUGUGAUUCAGAGUAAUGGUCUGCAUUGCGUAUAUCCACAUUCAGAACACACCAUUUAACACCGUACUUACAAACUUCAAUUUUGUGAAAACAUUGACUUUAUGAAAUGCUGUCAUUUUCAUGUAUAUCCAAGAUGUAUUUACAAACACAAGACGUUCAAUAUGAAUAACAAAUUUUAUGCUUCGUUUCUAAUACAAGUUUUAAAUAUUUUAAUUCACAAGAGAUAAUUUAAUGUCUACUGUCACAAUUUCAUUUCACAUUUUAUAUUUCUAAGAAAAAUAGGCUUACUGAUGAAAUCGGCAAGAACAAAGCAUUAUUUAUGUUAAUAUGCCGGAUAAAACUGAGAAAUCAAGUUUGAGUGGAAUUGUCAUUAAUAAUCAGUUAUAUGUAAUAUCGGUUAUAUUUUCAUUUUCAUUAGAGACGAACUAACCCGAAACUGCUUAAUACUUAUGACAGCAAUCAGAUUAUUAUCAAAGUUAGCUUUACGGAGGCCUGGUCUACUAUAUGAUUCAUUUUCUGCUUUAUUAACUGGAGUCUCUCUGAAGUGAAAUAAAAGGGAAAUUUACAUGUGAUAAUAAUAUAUAAUUUCAUAUUUUUGCAUUGAUUUCACUGAACUAUUUGGGAUAGUGUUAUAAUGAGAUUUUAUACAAUUAUAGCCUUAGGUCGUCACAUAUUAUUUUUUCCACGAAAACAAAAUCGACCUAUGUUCUGGAUUCACUAUGAAACAACCCUGCUAAUUCAUAUAGAUCAUACAAAUUGCAAUGCUUUUGUUAUAGGAAGAAAAGAGCUUGGAAACUUACAAGAAACCUACAGUAGCUCCAAAUUCUGGUUUAUGAUUUUUUUUUUUUUUUGCAGAUUUAAUAAAAUGUUAUUCACUGAAUCAAUUCUAAGCAAGUUGGUGUUUGUCAUAUUUUGUGGAACUGUGAACAAAUGCAACACGAAAGUUCUGAAGGGUGAUCUUUACCUGUUAACUUGUGUUAUUAAUUGACAGUUGAAACAUCCUUGAUGGCCUACCAAUCUGUAAGGCAUGUGUACAUAUUAUCCUGGCAAAGGUCAAGGUCACGUUUUUAUAUGACUAGCGACACCUACACUCAGAAAGGUGAUAUUAUCUGUUGUAUAACUUUUGUUAAUGGAAGAGGCGAUAUUAGUGUUGGAAACAUAUUUUGAUAAAGGACGGCUGAGUGUAUUUUGUUUGUUCAAAUGUUAUGUGAUCUUGACCUUCUUUUUCAUUGGCGACAAUUAUUUCAUUCCUGCUAAGACUAUUGCCUGGUUUUAUUGUAAAUGAUGUGAUGAUUUCCGCACACUGUACACGAGUUGGUCCGUAAUACAGAUCUGACAAGUUCUA